UUUUGUAUAUUUUUAGUCUCUCUUUUUUGUAUCAAAAAAAUGGCCCUAACUUUGGACUUUACCGACAAAGUAGUACUGGUGACCGGGUCGAGCUCGGGUAUAGGCGAGGCCACGGUCAUCAUGUUUGCCCAGUUAGGCGCCAAAGUUGUAGUUCACGGCCGAAAUCGGCAAAACGUAGCCCAAGUAGCGGCCAAAUGUCGGGACGUAUCGCCCAAACACUAUCAGCCAUUGGAAUUGGUGGCCGACGUGGCCAACGAACAAGAAGUGGACAAAAUGAUGGACACAAUUAUCGGACACUACGACAACCAAUUGGAUGUUGUGGUCAACAAUGCCGGCAAAGGCGGCGGCGAAUCCAAUGCAUCGCUGGCCGAGUUUGACCAGUUUAUGACCAUCAAUCUCCGAUCGUGUUAUCAGAUCUGUUUGCGAGCCUAUCCGUUGUUGACCAGAUCGCCGACCGGCGGUGUUAUUAUCAACAACUCGAGUAUCUGUUCACUAAAACCGUUUCCACAUUCACUAUCCUAUUGUGUCGCCAAAGCUGGGUUAGAUAUGUUGACCAGAAAUCUGGCCCUACUAUGGGGUCCUCAGGGUAUACGUGUUAACGCUGUUAAUCCCGGUCAGAUACAGACACCGAUCUGGGAAAAUGCUACGGGACUUACCAAAGAGGAACGGGAUAUACUAUGGCAGGCCGUUUGCCGUAAGACACCGAUUGGUCGCCAGGGGUUUGCCGACGAUAUUGCCAAAGCUAUUGUAUUUUUGGCCUCAAAUCGGGAUUCCGGGUUUACGACGGGUAUUACAAUGAAAAUUGACGGCGGAUUUCUCGACUCAGCCGAUCUAAUAUAUAAUUAAUUUUAUUUUUAAUUAUUAUUAUUAUUAUUAAUACAUUUUUAUAA